CUCCCGGUUUAUUCUUGUGCGUACUCCACGGACCAAAGAAUGAGGCGAACAAUGGGCAGGACGCACAUUUGGAUUAAUUCUAUCUGAAUGCGAAACUUUUAUUCGAAAAAUGAACUGGCUGUUAGGUCGAUGGAUUAUUUUUUGCAUAACAGUCUGUGUGUGUGCGGGGGUGCAGGUGACAGUUCGGGAGAAGAGGCGUUUCGCCAUGCUCUUCCAGUCGGUGGUCCUCGAGUGCCAGUACCACACGCCUUCCUCCCAGACCCCUGUGGUGCAAUGGUGGUACAAAUCCUACUGCCGCGACCGCACACGAGACUCCUUCACUUURCCCGAGAGCUUUGGGGUCCAGGGGUCCGAGUUGGGCGCCGCAGCCCACCUGGAGUGCUCCGACAGCAGCCGCACCGUCCGCAUCGUAGCGUCCGGCCAGGGACCCUCCAUGACGCUGGCUGAGCACUACAAGGGCCGAGACAUCGCCAUCYUCAACAAGGCGGACCUGCGGAUCGGGAAGCUGCAGUGGGGCGACAGCGGAGUGUACUUCUGUAAGAUCGUCAUCGCCGACGACCUGGAGGGGAAGAACGAGGGCCAGGUGGAGGUACUGGUGCUGGGUAGGACAGGUGUGCUGGACGAUCUCCUGCCWGAGUUUGAUGUGGAGAUUAUGCCAGAGUGGACGUUUGUGGGAUCUGUAGUCCUGGGCAGUAUGUUGUUCCUUUUGUUGAUGGGGAUCUGCUGGUGUCAGUGCUGCCCUCACUCCUGCUGCUGCUACCUCCGCUGCUGCUGCUGCCCCGACACCUGCUGCUGCCCACGUCACCUCUAUGAGGCGGGGAAGAUGGCAAAGAAUAGCCAGCCCCCCCAGAUUGCUGUGUACCCCCCCUACUAUAUCCCUGGGGUCCCCACCAUGGUCCCCUUUGCCCCUCCGUCCCUCGCGGACCCUAAGAUGCUCUCCUUCCCCUCAGUGGAGAAGAACCUAGCUGGGGUACGCAGUGGCUAUCGUCUCCAGCCCAGUCACAGUCAGGACUCUAUGAAGGUUCUGUACUACGUGGAGAAGGAGCUGGGACAGUUUCCCUCUGCCAAGAUGGCUCCUCCACAAUCCAGUAGCAUAUCAGAGCUCAGCUCUCUGCAUGAGGGAGGGGACACGGAUUUCCGGCAAACCUAUCGCACAGUCCAGAUGAAAGCUCUCCCUCCCAUCGCCGACCUAGAUGACCAAUCAGAACUCAUGGCAGCUACCGUGCACAACAGUCGUCGACCCAGGCAUUACCGUGGCAACGACACGGAUGACGAACAAAACAGCAGGUGGAACCCUCGCUCUGUMCACCUGGAGAGGAAGACAUUGGGCAACAGGGGGCGUACCGGCUCUCUGGAUGAGUUGGAGGAGUUUUCUAUGUCCUACGGCCCCCGUGCCUGGAGGGGCGAGCCCCGAGACCAGGACACGGACUAUGACCUGGCGCUACAGGGGCGAGAGCACUAUCCUCCCUACUGGGAACACACACCCCCUCACCGUUUUCAUGGAGACCGGGAAAACAACUGGCACUCCCGCCGCAGCCCCCCUCCCUCGCCGCAGAAGAUGAGGAGGGACACGUGGGAUGGCGAWCGCGAUCGCCCCUCUCGCCCCCACCAGCACACCCAUGGGGAGAGGGGUUACGAUUACGCUUUCCUCAAUGACCUAUUGGAGCAUAAGGUGAGGGGGAGGGCGGGGGAGAGGGGCGAGAGAGGAAAGUGGCGGGCUGACGAGGAUAGUGACACUCCCUCCAAGGGCAGUUCGAAGGGCAAGGGCAGUGAUGGUUUCUACAGACAGUCGUCUAGCAACCGGCCCGAGGAGGAGGACUCUUUGCCUCCGUACUCAGAGCAGAAGGUGGAAAGGUAUCAGACGAUCAACCCAACCGCUGAACGUUACCGCACGGUCGAACCGCCKUCAGAACGGUACCGGACCACUGACCCAUCCAAGCAACCGUUCUCCUARACCCGUCCCCCUAAAGGACUAGCACACGCCGUACAGGGGUACCGAGAGGAUAGGGACAUGAACCGAAAUAUGACCCCUGCUCUGAGCAGAGACUCUCUCAUAGUUUGAUACAACAGAGAACCCAAGCCCGUGCCUGCACAGCACUGCACUGCCAAUAUUGAGAAUCACACAUCACUCACUUAAAACAUCAUGCAUCACUUAAAACAUCAUGCAUCAGCUUGGUAGAGACUAACUGCACAUCAAGCAUCAACCACAUGGAGAGAGGCGUAUAAGGCUUCUUAAGGCUUUUUUCCACAAAAGGAUUGGAAGGCACCUUGCAUGGAUCAUGAAAAGACAAUGGAAUGCGCAUUGUUUAUGCAUGAAUUGAGGAACAUUUGGAAAAUAUUAUUGUAUGUGUGUUUAGCGUGCAUGCACAUAUACCAUUUGAGUGGGUAUGUAUGGGUGCAGCGUGUGUGUAUGUGCACCGUUUGCCCAUAUUCAGGUUAAUCUGUCAUCUCAAACCAAGCAUUCCACAGAGCAGUCCCCCUCUCUCACCUACACAACAUGGUUACAGUUCCCAUAAAGUUACCCUGACAACAAUGAUGCAAUUAGGGGUUAGGGGUAUUUGUAUGUAUCGAUAGGUAUUAUUAGGUGUGGGGGAGAGUUGGGACAAGGGGUUAGAAAAAAGGUAGGUAAAGAAGUAAUCAAAGAAACUUAAUAGGAUCAUAAUGUGUGUAAAAGUGCUGGAUUGUUUCAGAAAUUAUCUAUAUUCACCAAUUGGUCAUUAUAAUUAUACCUCCAAUACCCCCCCCCCCCAAUGCCAAAAAUGUUAUCACGCUAUAGGAAACACAAAAUAGGUGUCAAUUGGGCCUAUAAAAUGGCAACUCAGGUUCACCUGUCUUCAUUGUGUGUGUGUGUGUGUGUGUGUGUCAUAUACUGUACCUACAGAGCUUGAAUUUGUAUUACAGAUUUGCAAUUGAACUGUAAUGCUAUUCUGUAUUAGCCCACAGUAUUGAACUGUGGUUUGAAACUGCCAUUCAGCCAGAGCAGACGUUUGUAUUUCACUUGUUUGACAUUGAUGAUUUUGAUAAACACCUGUUGCCUAAUUUA